AUGUUAAGAGACUUAAACCAACCACAAGGUGGUGAAGCAAAUGAAAUGUCAUAUGACGACAAGUAUAGACACUUCUCCAUGGCAAAGAUGAGACAAGUUUUAAAUAUUUACAAUAACCGUAAACAAAAAGGUUUGGGAAACCACUCCCCCGAAGAAAUGAAAAACAACCCUGACUUAGAGAAAGACUAUAUAUUUAAUAAUUUAGUCAAAAGAGACAAACAAGAAAGAAUGCCGGGCUUCAAACUUCAGAAAGGUGACAAAGUAAAAAUAGAAAUACCUAAACGCGACCCAUAUGAAAAUACUAUUGACUAUGACAACAAUGGGAACUCGACAGGUACUCACAUUCGUGUUCGUAAAAAUAGAAGAAAGUAUACAAGAGAAUAUUAUGAAGUUUUAGGCAAACAUGGCAAAAUGUACACACUGCAAGCAGAAGAUAAAACUACUAUUGUCAGACCUCGUUUCAAACUUGUCAAAGUUCAAGGUGGUAUACUUUCAAAGACAGUUCCUAACAAAUAUAAGACAACUCCUGACGAAUAUGCUAAAGAAGUUGAAAAUGACGACUAA